UUCUCUGGACAGGUGUGAAGAAUGGAUUCUCUCAGUGUAGCGAAUGGAUCCUUCGCUCUUGAAUUAUUUAAGAAGCUGAAUGAAAAAGAUUCAAAAGGCAACGUGUUCUUCUCCCCAUUGAGCAUCUCCUCAGCUCUGGCAAUGAUUUACAUGGGAGCCCGAGGAAAUACUGCUGCUCAGAUGUCAAAGGUUCUUCAGUUUGACAAGGCAAUAAAUGUCCAUUCAUCUUUCCAGUCCCUUAUCUCUGAAAUUAACAAGCCAGGCACUGACUACCUGUUGAGAACUGCCAAUCGUCUGUAUGGAGAAAAGACAUUUACCUUCCUUGAUGACUUUCUCGGAUCAACUCUGAAACACUAUCAUGCAGAUAUACAAGCUGUAGACUUUUCUGGAAAGGCAGAGGACUGCAGAAAAGAAAUUAAUGCCUGGGUGGAACAAAAGACAGAAGGUAAAAUCCAGGACCUGUUGCCGGAUGGCAGUGUGGAUGCUCUUACUAGACUUGUACUAGUGAAUGCUAUCUACUUCAAAGGAAAUUGGGCUAACCAGUUUAAUAAACAGCAUACCUCAGAAAUGCCCUUCAAAUUGAAUAAGAAUGAAACCAAGCCUGUGCAGAUGAUGUUCAAAAAAGCCAAAUUUCCAAUGACGUACGUGGGAGAUUUGUUCACGAAAGUUAUUGAACUGCCCUAUGUUAAUAAUGAGUUGAGUAUGUUUAUAAUGCUCCCUGAUGAAAUUCAGGAUGGAACCACAGGCUUGGAAAAGCUUGAAAAAGAGUUAACAUAUAGUACAUUUUUGGAGUGGACAAACCCAGACAUGAUGGACAAAACAGAAAUCGAGUUGUUUGUACCAAAGUUUAAGCUAGAAGACAGUUAUGACCUGAAGUCUGUACUUAGUGACAUGGGGAUGGCUGUUGCUUUUGACCAAGGAAAAGCGGACUUCUCGGGAAUGUCUAGUAAUAACGAUCUAGUGCUUUCUAAAGUAGUACACAAAUCUUUUAUAGAUGUAAAUGAGGAAGGUACAGAGGCAGCUGCUGCCACAGCAGGAAUUAUGAUGAUGCGUUGUAUGAUGAUUGUUCCAAAGAUAUUAUGUGACCAUCCCUUUCUGUUCUUUAUCACCCACAAGCAAAGCCGCAGCAUUUUGUUUAGUGGCAGGUUCAGUUCACCCUAGGGACCUGCACUUCAAACCCUGAUAUAUUGAGGAUGACUAAACCUAAAACACAUGGCUGUUCUGUUUAUAGUGACACUAACCUCGGGAGUUAAAUCUUAAAAAUGCAUUCAAGUACCUAAA